UUUAAACGAUCCGAUCCAAUAAACGUCCAAAAUCUUCCUCCAUUCAAUAUUACGCAACAGUUGGUUCGGGCACGCACUGCCGACUACCGACUAUGAACACACAAUCGCCUCACAAACAUCAAGGCUAAAACUCAAUUAUAUACAGUUUUUGUUCAAUCGUUUUCUUUUAACAAAAAUAUGGGACUCACCGUAAAAUUGUUCUUCGUUAUUGGUACAGUUUUAAUUGCUUAUACUAUUAGUAAACUGUGCGAAACGCCACCCGUUCCAAAAUUAGAAGACACUUGGUGGGGCCCUCGAGAUCCAUCGAAAGAAGAUACGUCAAUACGGCCAUUCAAAAUUCAAGUUUCAGAUGGGGUUUUACAAGAUCUUCAACACCGCCUUUCAAACGCAAGAGCCUUAACACCACCCCUAGAAGGUGUCCAGCAUCAGUAUGGUAUCAACACAAAACUUCUUAAAAAUAUAAUCGACUACUGGCGAACUAAGUACAACUGGAGGGAACGAGAAAAGUUCCUUAAUCAGUUCCCUCAGUACACUAUAAGCGUACAAGGGUUACGACUUCAUUAUAUCCAUGUUAAACCCACGAAUCCAGGAAAGGUGAAAGUCCUUCCUCUUCUAUUAUUACAUGGUUGGCCAGGAUCGGUUCGUGAAUUUUAUGACCUAAUUCCACUAUUGACCAAACCAGUGUCAGGUCGAGAUUUCGUUUUCGAAGUAAUAGUACCAUCGCUACCUGGAUAUGGAUUUUCUGAAGCCGCCGUGAAACCUGGGCUAGGACCCAUUGAAAUGGCGGUAGUUUUCAAGAAUCUGAUGAAUCGUUUAGGUUUUGAAAAAUAUUACAUUCAGGGAGGUGACUGGGGUGCUCUUAUUGUACAACAUAUGGCUACUCUAUAUCCCGACCGCAUUUUGGGUGUACACUCUAACAUGUGUUUCGUGAACUCAGCUCUCUCUAACUUGAAAUUAAUUUUGGGUAGCUUUUAUCCUCCUCUAAUUGUGGAUAAAAAGGAACAUGAAAGUAAAAUCUACCCACUGUCUACGUUUUUCUCAAAGAUGAUGCUGGAGAUGGGGUACAUGCACAUACAAGCGACUAAACCUGACACUGUUGGUGUAGGGUUGAAUGACUCCCCGGUUGGUUUAGCAGCUUAUAUUUUGGAAAAAUUUAUUACUUGGACUAAUGAAGAAUGGAAAAAUUUAGACGACGGUGGACUAACAAAGAAAUUUACUUAUGCAGAUCUUUUAGACAAUGUGAUGAUCUACUGGAUCACGGAAUCAAUUACCACUUCCGUAAGACUGUACUCGGAAUCUUUCAACAAAGCCCAGAUGUCCUCAGGCGUAGACAAGAUACCUAUAACGAUACCAAGCGCAUGUGCAAGAUUUCCUAACGAGUUGGCUCUUCAGCCAACCAUAAUUCUAAAAGAAAAAUACCGUAAUCUCGUCCAUAUUACUGAUUUUGAAGAUGGAGGUCAUUUUGCAGCCUUUGAAUUGCCUAAAGUUUUGGCUGACGACAUUUUUACCGCUGUGGUAAAAAUGCGGUCCACACCUUCAUCUCAAAAAUAAUUUUGUAUUUUUUCAAUAAAUGUUACCAAAAAAUCUGAUGUAAAUUAUU